GGGGGAAGAGCCGGCGCGCGUGUCGGGGAGGCGGCGCGGAGGGAGGGCAGCCGGGCUGCGGGAAGCGGUGCUCCGCGCUGGGACUGGUUCCUUCGCAGCCAUUUUCUGUCCAACCAAACAGCCGAUUUGCGGAGGGAGCCAACCAGGGCCGCACUGGAGAUGGAUGGUGAUAGCUCCACAACGGAUGCUUCUCAGUUAGGAAUUACUGGAGAUUACAUUGGUGGCAGUCACUAUGUGAUACAGCCUCAUGAUGACCCAGAGGACAGCAUGAAUGAUCAUGAAGAUACAAAUGGCUCAAAAGAGAGUUUCAGAGAACAAGAUAUAUAUCUUCCAAUUGCAAAUGUGGCAAGGAUAAUGAAAAAUGCCAUACCUCAGACAGGAAAGAUUGCUAAGGAUGCAAAGGAAUGCGUGCAAGAGUGUGUAAGUGAAUUCAUCAGCUUUAUAACAUCAGAAGCAAGUGAGAGGUGUCACCAAGAGAAAAGAAAGACCAUCAAUGGAGAGGAUAUUCUCUUUGCCAUGUCUACCUUGGGGUUUGACAGCUAUGUUGAACCUUUGAAAUUAUACCUCCAAAAAUUCAGAGAGGCAAUGAAAGGAGAAAAGGGAAUUGGAACAGUUACAGCUGGGGACGGUCUAAGUGAGGAGCUCACGGAGGAAGCAUUUACUAACCAGUUGCCAGCAGGCUUAAUAACUACAGAUGGCCAACAGCAAAAUGUUAUGGUCUACACAACAUCAUAUCAACAGAUCUCUGGUGUUCAACAAAUCCAGUUCUCAUGAUCUGAAGAAAACUUUGUAUCUGGGAACAUGAGACAGAAAAGCUGUGCAACUCUUAACGAAGAGGCAGGUUUAAUGACUGGAAGAGAUGUAUCUCUUUGUAUAUUAAAUAGCUGUAAUGUAGCUACCGGAAGCUUGACUAAUUGAGGUGCGAGUUCUGACUCAAAUCUUUUUCAUGAUGAUUUAAAAAAAAAGAAAAUUGGAUUUUAAAGGUAUUAAAGUAUUUUUGUUUUGUACAAGAGUUUGUUGCUCUGUAUAACUCCUGUAUGCAUUGUAUAUUGCAAUUUAUUACUGUCAGAGAUUUGUAGACAGUUUCUUAUUUUCAUAUUGAAUCAUGUUACUUUUGUAAUUCAGGUAAACAGCUGGGUUAAUUCAUGUUUACCCUUUGAAUAAAAUUGUAAGGGUAAAGUUCAUUUUUGAAUGCAAGUUGCCUUUAUUAUAAAGAUUGAGUUAGUCUUGGUUAUGUACCUUGUCUUGCAUGACAACCUCAACUAACUUUACAUGUCGGCAUAUUUAUUGAGAUUUUGAAAGGGACGUUUUCCUCAUGAGCCUAGGAGUGCAGAAUUGCCACAACUGCUUUUUGUUUUGUUUUUGUUUUUUAAUGUAACUUCAGAAUUAAAAGUAAAUCAAAACCAACCAAUGCUCUACUACAUUUAGAGACUUAGAGCUUAUCAACAGUGUUGAUGAAAACACUAUGUGUGAUGCAGGUCUUCAUUUAUUACUUUUCUCUUCAGUUGCAUCAACUCUCUUUAGACUUAUUUGAUAUAUUUAAGGUAGUCUUUGUGCUACUGAAAUAACUUUUCCUUUUUUUAUGUAUAGUUUUUAGAAUCCAGAACUUUAGAAAUUCAGGGGGUAGUGGGGGAGGGAGGGAUUUUAUAGUCCUUGUGGUAAAAGAUCUCAUUUUAACUUUUUACUGAGAUGUUUUAAGGGUUCUUGCGAGCCUGUGGGAACUCCAGUGUGUUAGCGACUUUCCGUGUACAGGCUGCGUGCGUGUGUGUGAGCGACUGAAACCUGAGCAAGUGAUACAAAUCCGAAAUGGAAGACAGACUUCUGGUUUCUGGUUUUGCAAUAAACUCUACCUAGGUAGUGUAGUUCUGUAUAUUUAGUGAGCUGUUCUUGGUAACGUUGCUGUUUCUUUAAUACACGGGAGGGUAAUUUUGUUAGAUGCAAUGUCUUAGCCUGGUAGGAUAAGGGUAGUGGUUUUAGUAAUAUAUCUUACUAAGAAUGAAUUUUGGGACCUUUGAUAUUUUUACUGUUUGCAGUGAACUGAAAUGUAAUAUAAUAUCUAUCCACAUAUCUGUCAUUAAUUUAAGCAACCACACCUUGAAUCUGUUGCCAUUUAAUUUCUUGCUGGAUAUGUCUUUUUUUUUUUUUUUUUUCUCCUUUUCUAAAGUAACAGUUUUGUAUUGGAAACACAGCUUAAACUAAGGUGUCCUGGAAGCCUGGAAUAGCCAAUUCUCUACUAAACGCCAGUUUUAUGUAUGUGCAGAUUUGAACAGUGUCUCUUACAAAUCAGCAUCAUGCUGGCAGAGCCUCUGGAGGUGAUGCAGUGUAUUCCGUGGCAAUCUGGACAGAUGUUUGGGUUUUGUGGCAGUCUGUCACUCUUCUGCAGCUAUGACUGAACAAAUGAAGUUUUUAUUCAUUAAAUGUAAAAAUGAAUAACACCAUCCCUACAUGA